UCACUCACAAAGCCACACAUUACACCACCCCCAAUACCCCAUUCCUCUAAGUUCCCCCAAAGCAUGACAUUCUUCAAAUCUCUUUCCCUCUCCAUUUUCCUUCUUACUACCCUCCUCUUCAUCACCUCCACUCGUGCUGCCACUAUUGACAUCCGAAACAACUGUGGGUACACCGUUUGGGCCGGAGCUGUUCCAGGUGGUGGUCGUCGCCUUGAUCGGGGCCAGACUUGGACCAUCAAUCCACCUGCAGGCACAAAGCAAGCCCGUGUGUGGCCCCGAACUGGUUGCAACUUUAACGGAGCGGGCCAAGGAAGGUGCCAAACCGGUGACUGCGGCGGGGUUCUCGAGUGCCGGGGUUACGGUCAACCCCCUAACACACUAGCUGAAUAUGCGCUAAACCAAUACCAGAACUUGGACUUCAUCGACAUAUCCCUCGUAGACGGGUUCAACGUGCCAAUGGAGUUUAGCUCUACUUCGGGUGGGUGCACCCGCGUCAUCAGAUGCACUACUGAUAUAAAGGGGCAAUGCCCGAACGAGCUGCGCACCCAGGACGGGUGUAACAACCCGUGCACUGUGUACAAGACUAAUCAAUAUUGUUGCAACUCCGGAAGUUGUGGACCCACACCUCUCUCAAUGUUUUUCAAGCAAAGGUGCCCGGAUGCUUAUAGUUACCCCCAGGAUGAUAAGACUAGCUUAUUUACUUGUCCCGGGGGAACCAACUACAAGGUUGUGUUUUGCCCUUGAAAUUAAUUAAUACUCCACUACUAGAAGAUGUUUUGCGGCACGCAAGCAUCAUUGCUAGUAGUUUCCCUUAAUUUAUAAUAAGGCUUGAAAUCCAAGUAUAUAUAUGAUGGGGUUUUAAAGCUAGCUAGCUAUUUGAAAGAAUAAAUUUUGGCACGUACGCGUAUUAUGUGCACACGUGAUCUGUAAUUGGCAUAACUUGUGAUCUUUGCUGGCUGGCUGGCUGGCAAGGAUUUUAUUUACAAUUAUGAUAUGAAACGAUAAUUCGCAUUA